AUGCCCAUGCCCAUGUCCUUUGCCCCCCUCUCUCUCUCAGCCCCUUGUCCGUCCGAUACAGGCGCCGUGUGCACUGCUGGGCGUGGGCGGGCUCGCACAAUGUCGAUGAAGGGUUCCUUAGCUGAAGGGCAACGCAACGCCUGUGUGCAAGGCAAGGCCGAGAAAAGAGCUGAGGUGCCUGGCAUGUGGCCAGCGGUAGCCGUAUCGAAACAUUCAAGCAAACCCAUCGCUCGCAACAGCCGUAUCUGGUGUGGUGCCAAGACCCAGGCCGAAAGAACUGAGCCUGUAAGAGCGCGUGUAGAGCCAGACGGUGUCGGCUCUGGGCCUGGUUGCGUCAUCAGCCGAUUGGGUUGUGGCCCUCUGGACAUUGGUCCGCGCGCCUUAGGACUUUGCUCGGCGCCUGUGUGUCGCACGACUUGGAUCAGGCCUGAGAGAGCGUGGCGGCGGGAUGGCGAGACACUGCAAACAUGGAAAUCCUUUUUCCGCACUACAAUGCCGCGGUUCGACAAGUGGUCAAGGUUUGGCUGCCCGCUAGCUGGCGCUAGGAACCCAUGGAGGCAUUAUUCUUCGUGUGUUCUUCGCACCUUCUUGCGCAUGUGUGCUGUCCCGCACCUGUGGGUUGGGGGCGAUGUACGAAUAACCAAAACCAAGCUACUUGUUGGCAAUGGGUACUUUGAGAAUUGGAAAUCGUCUAGGUCCUCGUCGGCGCUCACUUCCAUGUUUCUCCUCAGAGUCUCUCCUCUUUUCCCCUCUCCCGUCGGCGCCGAAAGGGAGGACCCCGAGGAGCCGUGAAGCCGCAAGGCGUCGGAUGAGGCUCCAACGCUCCACGUUAUGGCACUUUGUGGUUGCAGCUUGCGCUCCACGUCUCUCCUAAUCCUCGUCCUGUCGAUGGGGAAACAAUCAGGGACCGAGUGCCUAGAGGCGGCAGCGAAAAAAAAUCAUCAACCUCUGAGACAGCAAAGAAAUGAUCCAUUUCUCCAUCAGUCCUCAUCCUCGACCUGCUCAAUGCACAUAAUGCGUAAUGACGUAGUGAUGUGGUCCAAGUUGCCCGACUAGCGCCGCAUGCUCUCCACGCAAAUGCAGACCGUUGGUUCGCCCGGUGCGAGUCGU